GAACUUGAGAGAUGGGAAAUGAAUCAAUGGGAUGAAGGAUAUCCCAGGUGGUAGUGGACGACAUUUGCAGAGAAAUUAUCCCGUGUCCACGGUGACAAGAGGGUGAGAGAAAACAACUCACUCACGCUCGCUCGCACUCGUCCGUUUCAUAUUUAAGGCCCCGGAUUCCGAGGCACAAUCAACAGUCAUUUCUCAACAAUGUUCAAGUUUGUGAUUAUCGGAUUCUUGCUGGUGGCCGUAGCCCACAGCGUUCCAGUUCCAGUUCCUCAAGACUACGACUACUCGAUCAACCACAAUGGAGAUGUGAAACCCGCCGGAUUUCGACCUCAUGCCAGCAGCAACCCUUCCAGCCCCUACGGACCGGGCGAACCACGCCAAUACCAGGAUUAUUCCGAGGAAGGCUCGGAUACGGCUCCGGAUUACUACGGCAAUGACUAUGGAGCCGGGGUGGGGCCAACUACGACUAUUAUGCAGUGUAACCGGACCCAGUGGAGUUCCCCGAGGUCAAGGUCUUGGACCUAGCCCAGAUUAUAGGAACGGACCCCCACCGCCUCCAGGAGGGCCGGCGGAGGUUCAAAUAAUUUUGCAAGUGGAGAUGAGUACGCCAAUUUUUGACGAUUCAGAGGAUUACCCCGCUUUUGGAGGAUUCGAAAAAUAAUUCCAUUUGACCUCGACUCUUCGUUUUUAACACAUUUUUGAGUUAAUCGCUUCUUUGCCAGACAAAUUUCGUUGUUGCUAAAACUGAUAUUCAGUGCCUUGAAAGUCGUUGUUGAUCACGACUGCAUGAAAGCAACUAUUUCUUAUUCGUUGAAAUACAGCAUUGAUUGUUUCCCUAGAAAA